AUGAGGCUGUCUACAAACCUCCUCCUGCUGGGCACUUCGCUCUUUACGCAUGCUUCUGCACAGGCAAGGAUCGCAUUCACUUCAGUCCCUGCCUUGGUAGUUGCCGGGGAUUCCUAUAAUAUUACUUGGGCUGGCGGAGAUGGCUCACCCGUCACAAUAACGCUUCGAGAAGGAGAUCCGGAGGAUCCCAAGACGAUUGCAACACUGGCAGAUGGAGUGACCGAGGAUUUCUUUAUCUGGAACGUCUCGAAGAGUUUGGCGACUGCAUCAGACUACGCACUCCAGAUUACGCAGGGACAGGACUCGAUCAACUCCAGCGGCUUGUUCUCGAUCGCGGGUGGAAGCGGCACGUCGACCAUCUCACACUCGAGUAUCGGCACGACAACCGCUGCGACCAAUGCCACCGCUAGCAUGAUCGGCACGACAAGCACUGCAAUCGCUUCGUUGGGAAUAAGCACUAUAAUUGCAAGCAAUAUGACUUUCAGCUCCGCAACGCUGCCGCGCACCACCAGUACGAGCCUGGCUCCCGCUGUGACCCAACAUAUGACCUCGUCUUCCUCUUCCUCUUCUUCCUCCUCCGGCAGUGGAAGCCAACCGAGCUCCAAUUCGGCUGCGCCUACGGCUGCGGCCACGACAAGUGCGCCGAACGCUGGGGCAGCUGGCCAGCUGGGGAGCUCGGCUGCAUUGGUGCUGGGCUUUUUUGCCGCAGUCAUGUUCUUCAGUUGA